GGCAACCCUAUAAUGGGGCCGACCCACCGGGUUUUUUCCAGUGUCCUACCAGACUGGUCUGACCCUGCCACUAAAAGUAGUUUUAGUCUUAGAAAACAUACAAUUUGGUUUGGGAAAGAAAUCCAAAAUGGGUAAUGUCUUUCUACUCCAAAGCCCCCGCGGCCUUAAGAAGCGCAGUGCAUCCUGGGUAGUGUGUGUCUAACAAGCGGAAAUCCCCAUCCAGACUACAAUAUAAGUUACUAACGCUCUCAACAGGCGGUGUCCCAGAUACCACGACGUGUUCGCUGCCCGCCAAGAAUAAAUCGUCACUUUUUCCGCCAUUCGAAUCUACCGCUUAACAACAGCGCCGCCUCCGCAGGGCGGUCACGUGAUGGUCGGGUCACGUGAUCGCGAUGUCAUCGAGGUCCUUUCAGCUGAGAGGAAGCAGACGCUGCCCGCAUGGAGUGAGUAGAGCAGAUGAACAACCAAUAAGAUGCUGUCUCGUCCCAAGCCCGGGGAGUCUGAGGAGGAUCUCCUCCAAUUCCAGCAUCAGUUUCUUGCAGCCAAAACCUCUGCAGCUGCCCAGCUAGUGAGGAAGGCUGAUAAAAGGAAAGGGGAUGAUGGGAAAUCUGCAAAACUGUCACCUCAGGCCACAGGGGGCAGAGAUGUUGUGACACUUCAGGAAUUCCCUGACUUACCCCCAAUUCUGACUCCUGCACCCACCAAGAAAUCGAAGUUUGCAAGAGAAAAGGUUAGAUUUGCAGAUGAAGACCCAGAAGAAAUCUUGGAGCAGCAUGACCAGCAUAUCACUACCGUCUUUUCAAAAAUCAUUGAAAGAGAUACCAGUGGAGUCCCAAUCGUAGCACCUGUUUCCACUGGAUUACCAUUUCCUAAGGUGUUUCACCGGUCACAAGUCCCAAGUCAGGAUUUACCCUGCGCUGCCAAAAAAAGCAUCUUUGCCCAGCAAAUGGCUGCCAGGAGAGCUGCUGAGCAAACAAAGGAAGGGUCACUUUCUAGCCCUCAGAUACCUUCUUGUUCUUUGGCUGGUCCCACUAGUGUUUUGCCCUCUAAUGUGAUUAAACCAACACCACUGGCAGAUGCAAUGGAGGUAGAAAAAUCUACUCUGAUUACUGGACAGGGUCUGGGAAUCUCAGCAGGUCAGGAAGAAGCACAGAAGAUCCAUGAGGAGAACAUGAAAAAGCUGAGAUCUAUGUCUAACGAGGAGAAAAUGCAAGAACAGGAAAUACUGCUGUCACAGCUUGACCCAAAGUUGGUGGACUUCUUGAAAUCAAAGAAAUGCAAGAAAACCACUGAUGGUCAUUCCAGCAGUGUUCAAGCAUCACAGGAACCCCAGACUGUUCACUUAGAAGAGCCACAAUAUCUUUCAGAAGAUGAUACCUCUGGAAUGAGUCCAAGUGGAGAGAAAGAAAUGGCAGUUUCAGGUCAUCUCCCAGUGAAGCCACAGAAGGAAUGGGUUCACAUGGACACUGUGGAGUUUGAGAAACUGGAAUGGAUGAAGGAUCUUCCGCUGACCAAGCAAAGUAAAACAAAGAAGGGAAUGCAGGCAAGAUUCAGCCUGAAAGGGGAUUUAAUUCCCCCAAAUUCUGAGAUCCCAACUCACAUGGGGUUGCACCAUCAUGGAGAAGAGGCCGAGAGAGCUGGUUAUUCCCUCCAGGAGUUUUUUCAUCUUUCCCGUAGUCAAUUUAUCCAGCAGAGGACUCUGUCACUGCAAGUUCUAGGACAUAUUGUUCAAAAGGCCAAACAGGGAGAAUUCAGCGCUGCACUGAAGGGGAGUGUCCUGCAGCUGCUUCUUGAUGCUGGUUUUCUCUUCCUUCUGCGCUUUUCUAUAGAUGAUACAGCAGAAAAUGUUAUUGCAGCUGCAGUCCGUGCUCUGCGUUCACUGUUGGUGUCACCUGAAGAUGAGGAAUACCUUGAUAUGACCUUCUUGUGGUACCAAGGAGCCACUGUCUUUCCCUUCCUACCCAACGAAGAAUCGGAAGAUGAGGAGGAAGAAGUAGAAGAGGGUUUGGAACAGAUGAUGGGAAAAGAAGAAAGGAAAAAAGUAAAAGAGGAAAAAAAGUCAGACCCUGACGUAGCACGUUAUGAUGUCAUAAAGGGACUGCUAAAGACCAAGCUCCUUCACCGACUUCGCUACAUCCUAGAAGUGGUUCGGCCAGCACCUCAUGUGGUUCUGGACAUUUUUGAUAUUCUCACUUAUGUUGCCAGACAUUCGAUGGCAGCUUGUAGUCAGCUCCUGGAUUGUCCAAGAUUGAUCGAGACAGUUGUGCAGGAAUUUCUUCCUAUACAAUGGAGUAUGCAAGUUCAUACAGGUGACCUAGGCCCUACUAACCUAUAUGGAAUCCCAUGCUCUGCUGCCAUGAAGUUUUUGCGGGUUCUUGGAUCUUCGGGUCGUCAUGCAGCUGCAAGAUUGCUGCACAAAUUUGACUUGAAGAAGCGCCUCAGUAGAUUUGUUGCUCAGGAGCCACAAGAUCUGCCUCUACAGAAAGAGGAGGCCGAGAGGAUGAGCAUGGAGACCUUUCGGAUGUGGGCUGUGGCUGCUGGUUAUGGCCAAGCCUGUGAUUUAUACAGAGAGCUGUACCCUGUGCUUAUGGGGUUUCUUCAGUCCCUACCUCACCUUAUCUUCACAUGCAGGGGAGGCAAUAAAGUGUCCACUAUCUUUAUCCAACGAGCUGCAUCUGUGCUUACUCUGCUAACGCGCAUAACUCAAACGGCAGGAUGGACAGCUGAGAUUGAGGCUCAACUUCGCAGCGUCCAAGAAGAAAACAAGGAGCAGACUCCUCCUCCGUCUGUAUCAUGGGAUCAGGUGACUGGGCUUUUACUCUUAGUAGAAGGAUGUCUAAGAAAGUGUCUGGAAGAAGUUUCCAGUCCUAGCACCUGGGAAAUGGUCAAGCCUCUCGCCACAGCAUCUCUUAACUUUGUAGCUUCUUAUUAUCAAGCAGCCAGCAGACAGCCCUCGCUGGACACGGUGAUAUGUAAUGAAGAACUCGAGAGAUUAACUGCUGAGGUGCUGUUACCAUUUCUACAUCAUCCUGCCGCAACUUCUAUGUGGGACCUUCUCAAAUCAUGUUCAGCUGUUUGUAACCCAGGUUCCUGUGCCCCACUGCCAGAGUCUGUCCCCAGUAUUGUGACUUUGGGAUGCACUGGAGGAAAAACUGCACUGACACUGGCAGGAACAAAAUCUUCUUUUCCCGUUCUGACUUCAGUUCUUAACCUUGUCUGCAACAUUUGUAACAUCCACAAGGGAAUGGCCAGCAAGUUUGCCUUUCUAUUGGAAUCCAAAGGGCUGCUGGAUUAUUUAUGGCACAUUUGUGAGGCCCCAUCUCCAGCUGUGACUCCUUCUUCUGCUUGGGUUCUGCGACAUGAAUAUCACCUGCAAUAUUAUGUGUUAUCUCUGAAAAACAAAGUGGCUUCCUUAUGUCCAGAUGGUUGCCAUCAUGCCUCCGUUUUCCACAGUGUCUCUGUUAGUCUAUUGAGUAGGCUGCUGCCUGGCAGUGAAUAUAUGGCUUAUCAACUCAUUUCAGGGUUCACCUUCAACCCAUCCUUCCUUCCAGAAGGAGCAGCAGGAGGCCCUGAAGCAGCUGACUUGGCAGAUAUUUUACAUAUCACUCCCAAUGCAAAGAACGAACCUCCUAAAUCAGUGGCAUACCCUGCUUCUAGUCCCAGCCGAGGUGUUCUUCUUAAAGAAGCCUACAAAGACCUUCCUGCUAUUCGAGCUUGCUACUUAGCGCACUUAUCUCAUAUGGAACAAGAUCUCAGUCGGUCAAAAUUCAUCUAUCAGGAACGGACUUGUUCUCUUCAAUCUGCCAUGCUUCCUGAAACCAGAGGACCUAUUUUGCCUUUUGAUUGGCCCUUUCUCCCACUGAUCAAUCUUUAUAAUAAAGUGACUAAUGCAGAGACAAGGGGCAAUGUAGUGAAUACUCUCCCUCCAGAUCUAGUGAACAAAAUCACAAGAAACCUGCAGUGGCUCCUCCUCCUGGAAAGCUGGCGUUCUGGAUGCUUAAAGAACAUUCCCACUGCGGCCAAGUUAGCUCGCAUAGCCUGUGUCUUUCUCACUGGGGGAGACCUUUUCUUAGAAGGGUCUGUCCACACAUAUACUACUGCCAUAUUGAUGCUUUACAGCCAGAAUAAGUGUUUAGAGUCCCUAAAUUUAGAUGUUCCUAUUCCUGGCCUGGCUUCAUUUUACGAUUUCUACAUGGACCUUCUAGAACAGUUUGAGGGGGUGUCCUUUGGCGACCCCUUAUUUGGGACAUUUGUCUUACUUCCAUUGCAGCGGCGUUUCAGUGUACAACUUAAGCAGGCUGUUUUCGGAGAGUGUGUGAGCUGCCUGAGAUCCCUCUCUGUAUCCCUAAAAGAGUUACCUGUCCCCCUUGCCUUAUACACUUCCCCUUGUGAGAAUAAUCUGCAUCUCCUUCAUCUCUACUUCCGAACCCUAGUGACGGGGGCUCUGCGCCAGACCUGGUGUCCUGUUCUAUAUGUCGUGGCUGUAGCUCACGUGAAUAACUUCAUCUUUUCACAAGACCGAGUGGCUCAGGAAGUCGAUGCUGCAAGAAAAAGCUUUCUCAGAAAGAUCCAUCUACUGGUUGACAAGGAUUUACGGAAACAUCUCCUGUUCUACAAACAGCUGUCCAGUGAGAGUCCUGUGGGAUUUGAUAUGUACGAGCAGCUGCCCCCAAUACGAGAGCGCCAUCUGAAGACUACAACUGAAAAGCACCAUGAGGCAAAAGGGGAAAACGACUAAUAGAGUAGGAAAACAGUCACAUGGUCUUGCUGUUCCAAGGAAUCCUUUAAUGUCACUGACAUACUUAUUAAUCCUAUGAUUGUCAUUGGUCCUAGACCGUAUUCUGUGCCCAUUCCUUGUAAGGGCUAUUUAACCCAUAGAUAACAUUUGGCACUUAAACUGAAUCAGAACCCUUCAGCUUUGGUUUAAAUAGAUAAACAUCAUUUUGUCUUAUUUUUAUUGGGAAAUUAGUGAUGCAAAAUAAAAAUAUAUUUUUUACAAAGUUA